AUGAUGCACUUUGGAUUCUGGAUGUUGUGCCCGUCCACCACCCACUGGGGCCCGAUCCUGCUCAGGUCCAAGCUGGUCGUCUCUCCUCUCAACGAGCCCCUGAACUUGGAUUCGGGCGCCGGAACUCCCUUCGAUGCCCCUCGUGGCAAGACGAAUGGCCCAGUGUCGCGCAGCAAUGCCGAAUUGGUAAUCAAAGGCAUCUGCCUGACCCUUUCGGAGAUUUUCGAGAAACUGAAAGAGAACUGCCGGAACGUGACUGCAACCGAAGAGGCAGAGGAGGAAGAAAAUGCAAAGGAGACUGCAAAGGUUGUCCAGUUGGCCAAGUGGGAUCAGGUGGAGGUCAACCUGCCGACGUACGAAUCCCUGAAGGCGUUGUCUACGCUUACGAAGCAGCUUCCGAACAUGAACAAGGUGUUAGAGUCGGUGAAAAACCUGUAUAUGCAGUUCUUUCCCGAUGAGCACGAGACUUUGCUCGUUCAGAAGAGUGUGGACUAUCGCAACAAAGCCAGCAGUGAAAGAAUCGAAGAGAAUUCCGAAGACACAUUAGGGGACGACCUUGCAGGACAAGUGUUGAGGGAGAUAGAGAGACAGUCGAUGAGGGACACGUACGUAAGAUCCAUUGCGAAAGAGAAGGGGCCAAAAGGGCUUCGAAAACCGUAG